GUCAGAACUGACCCGUUGAACGUUGGGAACGUUGGCAGACGUGGCUGCAGUAUGCGAAGAGUUGUAUCGUCCAGGCUACUACAGCGAAGGGACAUAUGCCUCUUCUGCGCCUUCAAACGCCAUCUCGAGAUACGGGCAUCAACGUCCCUACGGUCUCAACAUCGAACAUAUAGAUCGACUGCACCAUCACAUCGUCCGGCCGGAGCUGCGGCAGCUCACGUCGAAGAACAUGAUGACUAUUCUCCUGCACAUACUCCCUCCCGAGAAUUGCUAGGAUGGAGAUGCCGCUGUAAUCAUGUCAAUGCGCCUCGAAGAUCAGAGUGUACUAUAUGUACGAGUCCACGGCCGCCGAAAGCAGAACUCGUUUACAAGGGCACAGCGCAGCCUUCGCCCUCUCCUCAGCCUCCAUUACCAGCGGCGCGAGUGGCAACUCCCCCCACUCCUCUGGCCCCCUCGAAGAGCACAUCUCCUCUGUCCGAAUUCACAAAGCCCAAUGCUUCCCAGCUACGACCACCCCCAAGCUCGAAAGGCAGAUACCCCUCUCGGACACCCUUCGAUUCCCAACGGACAUCACGUUCUAGUGCCAUCCUCGAUCAGGCCUCAUCAGACUUCAGACAACAAGGGCCUCCAAUUAGAUUUGGGAGGUAUGGCGGAGCACCACAACGGAGCAAAGGCGACCCGGAUAAUCAAGCUUCAUCAACUGGGUCCGAGAAUGGGUUCAAGAUCAGGAAGCUUUCAUCGAUUGGUCCUCCUGCACCUGCAGGCUCUGUUGAUCAAGAUGCACUUCAAUCUGGAGAUGGGAGUCGCUCUUUUCGGCCUUUCUCGGGAAGAGGUGACGUACCAAGUAGAAGACACGCAAGUCAGGAGCGAUCGCAAUCCCAAAGACCUGCUCCAGAUACACUGUCCGAUUCCCGAAUUGGUGCAGCGCUCAAGCCCAUGAAUCGUUCUAGGUCUGAUGAUCGAGGAGCUGCAUUUGACAGGACCUCGAAUCAGCUGAACCCGUGGGAAUCUCGAUCGAGAUCCCAAGCACGGGAUCGCCCACCACAAGAUCGAAGGUUGACUAGGCAACCUGGCCGUUACCCUUCUAGGCAAAAUGACCUUGGAAGAACAUCUCGUACGACGACGAGUCCCCAGUCACCUGUUAGCUCUGAAGUUGAAAUACAAGAAGUUGAUGACGUUGGGGUAGCUACGCCAGCUCUGGAAACGGAGGAAGAGCGGUAUGACCGGAGCAAGAAAAUUGACAAGGAACGUGGGCGAAGAAGCAGGAUAUAUGAUGUGGAAGAGGACGAUUCCGGCUAUACAUCACGGAGCACGAAACCUAAUUCUGGCAAGAGGAGAAGUGCUCACAGGGGUAGCGUACCUGCAUUUGACCCAGAUAUGGUCGAGGAUAUUCUGGACGAACAGCGACGGAAGAAAAAAUCCAAAAGAUCUAAAGCGGAAGCCGUGGAGCAGAAGCGACCUGAGAUUCAAAUACCAGAAUUCAUCAGCGUGGAGAAACUGGCUCAAGGGUUGAAAGUUCGACUACCAGAGUUUAUCGAUAAACUUGAGGAAGAAGGGUUUGAAGGAGCUCGAUAUGAUCAUGUCCUAGACUCCGGCACCUCUGCAAUGUUUGCAGAGAUAUAUGGCUUCGAGCCCAUCAUCGACACCAUCGACGAAACUAGGGAUCUGGUCGCUCGACCGCCCCCUGAAGAUCCCUCGGUGUUACCACCUCGACCACCAAUUGUCACAAUCAUGGGCCACGUUGAUCAUGGAAAGACCACGAUCCUCGACUAUUUCAGAAAGUCGAGUGUGGUCGCGUCGGAACAUGGUGGCAUUACUCAGCACAUUGGUGCGUUCUCGGUCGUCAUGCCGGGUUCAGAACGGAACAUUACAUUUCUGGACACUCCAGGUCACGCAGCAUUCUUGGACAUGCGUCGACGAGGCGCCAAUGUCACAGAUAUUGUGGUGUUGGUGGUUGCAGCAGACGAUAGCGUCAAGGCGCAGACGAUUGAAGCAAUCAAGCAUGCACUCGAAGCAAACGUCCAGAUAAUCGUGGCCAUCAACAAGAUCGACAAGGACGAUGCUGAUAUUGAACGCGUCAAGCGAGAUCUCUCUCAGCAUGACAUUGUGGUGGAAGACUUUGGCGGCGAUUUUCAAGUCGUGCCUGUUAGUGGAAAAACGGGUCAAGGUAUGGCAGAUCUGGAGGAAGCAAUUCUAACACUGGCGGAUGUGUAUGAUUUCCGAGCCGAGACAGAUGGUCAAGCAGAAGGCUGGAUCAUUGAAUCCAAAGUUGGUGAGUCUGGUCGAGUGGCCACUGUCUUAGUCCGACGUGGGACACUGAGACCUGGUGAUUUUAUUGUGGCCGGGAAUACUUGGGCUCGUGUUCGCACCUUACGGAAUGAUGCUGGUCAGCUGAUUCAAGAGGCUCCUCCCGGUACUCCUGUCCAGAUUGAUGGCUGGCGAGGCGAAGACCCUAUGGCCGGUUCAGAGGUCCUUCAGGCUGUAGAAGAGCAGCAAGCCAAAGACGCGGUUGCCGUUCGCCAGGAAAGAGAAGACUCAGUCCGUACCAUUAGUGACUUGUCCGCUAUCAACACUGCUCGGACGGAAGAAGCAGAGGCUCGAGCUAAGGUGCUUGAUUGGGAGAGAGAACAAGGCUACAUGAAAAUGAAAGCAAACCGACGACCAAAGGACAACGAAGGCUGGGUCGAAAAAGAGUCUCUCGGACCUCAACAAGUACAUUUCCUCAUCAAGGCUGAUGUUGCCGGAAGUACAGAAGCACUCGUAUCCGCGGUCAGUGCUAUUGGCAACAAGGAAGUCGUCGCAAAUGUUGUUCACAGUGGUACUGGGGAGUUGACGGAAUCUGAUAUUAAGCUUCUUGCUGCUUCUGGGGAGGGGGGCUAUGCCAUAACAUUCAACCAGCGUGUUGACACCGGAAUUCGACGCCUUGCCGAGGCUGCCAACGUUCAGAUCCUGGACUACAAUAUCAUCUACAAAGUCACCGACGUCGUCGCAGAGAAAUUGGCCGAGAAACUGCCGCCCAUCAUUACCCACAAGGUCCUUGGAGAGGCAGAGGUGGGCGACAUUUUCGAAAUCACGGUCAAGAAGGCCAAAGUGAAAAUCGCAGGCUGCCGAGUGACCAAUGGAACCAUUCGCCGUUCGGAAAAGAUCCGAGUCAUCAGGGACGGCGAAGUGGUGUAUACUGGCACUCUCAACUCCUUCAAGAACAUCAAAAAAGACGUGACAGAGAUGCGUAAAGGCUCUGAAUGUGGUAUGGGCUUCGAGAAUUGGGACGGUUUUGAAGUUGGCGACCAAAUUCAGUCGUUCGAGGAAAUCCAUGAGAAGCGAAGCCUGUACUGACAGGUGUAAUAUUAACGAUGUACAACACAACAUAGACGCCGUGUGCAACAUGGUCUAGAUGGAAACAUAGUGGGCGAUGCUGAAACGAAACAUGGAAACAUCUGGCGGCUGGACAAAGACACGAGGCUGAGGCGACUUGUCCAUUUGGGCGCCUCUCAGCCAAUCAAUCGUCAUCAAACCUUCAGCCUUGGCGCAGACCUCAGACGCCAUCGACUUUUGUCUCGCAGCAUCAAUACCAACCAUCAUCAUUCUCUUCCUCUGUUUCUGACAAUACAAUGGCCUUGCGCCAUCGCUUGAAUUGUUUAUGCUCAUGUUUCAUAGAUCGAAAACCACUUCUCUCAGCGGUCCCUUGGAAAUUGGGACCGUAUGCAGGCGCCGACAAAGAGCUCGACCAGC